UUUCCAUGUUGUCUCGUGACGUCAUCAAAGCGCGUCAGCAGCAGCUGCUGAUCCAACAUGCUGUCGUGGUGUCGGACCGGAGCGACCUUGGUGUUCGGAGCGGGGGUCGGAGCCGCGGUCAGCCGCCUGCUGAGCUUCAGAGGCGGCGAGGAGGAGGAGGAUCGAGCCGGUGUCCUCCACAGAGUCCCGGUACUUCCGGUACCGAGAGUCCUGGCCUCCGAGCUGACGGUGAGUCCAGGUGCAUCCGGAGCUGUGAUGAAGUACGGCUUUCCCUCAUUGGCCAACAUCAAGACCCGAGAGUCCUACGUAACCUCCUACGACCCCCGCACACGCACUGCAUCCUGGGUGAUUGAGAGGCUGAACCCUGCCUCCCUGUGUGGGUCAUCAAACAGGAAGUACUGUGACUUCAGAGAAGAUGACAGUGUGCACUUGUUUCAUAGGUCGACCAAUGAUGACUACAGGGGGAGUGGCUUCGACAGAGGUCACCUGGCUGCAGCAGCCAAUCACAAGUGGAGUCAGAAAGCAAUGGACGACACAUUCUACCUGAGCAACGUCGCCCCACAGAACCCUCACCUGAACCAGAACACCUGGAACAAUCUGGAGAAACUCUGUCGCUCUUUGACCAAACGUUACCUGAACGUGUACGUGUGCAGCGGUCCACUCUACCUGCCCAGGCAUGAGGCUGAUGGGAAACUCUACGUUCGUUAUCAGGUUAUUGGACGAAACCACGUCGCUGUGCCAACCCACUUCUUCAAGGUGCUGAUCCUGGAGCAGGCGGAUGGUAGAGGAGUGGAGAUUCGGUCCUAUGUUUUACCAAAUGAACCAAUAGAUGAGAAGGUUCCUCUGGAGCGUUUCCUGGUUCCCAUAGAAACCAUAGAGAGAGCGUCAGGACUUCUGUUUGUCCCGAACAUCAUGAAGAGAACCAACAGCCUACAGGCUGUGACUGACAGACCAACUACAGUACCCAGAAUACAUCAGUGACAGAUGAACUACAGUGACUUUGGUUCUCAGUAGUUCAGUUGAAGUUGUCGUGGAAAUAAACAGGAAGUGAAGUAAAUCAGACGGAAUGUGAAAGUUCAUCCAGUAAAACAUCAGCAGGAGUGUCUUGCUGUUCUGGGUUUGUUCCUUCAUGGUUGAUGCACUUAUGGAAGUCGCUUUGGAUAAACACGUCAGCUAAAUGAAAUCAUCCGACCAACACGGCCUUACCUUCCACUCUUACGCCGACGACAACCAACUCUUCUUAAGCACUCAUCCUUCCACUGAGCUCCCCCCAGUCACUAGUCAACUGCCUACACGACAUCAAAGUGUGGAUUUCAUCAAACCUCCUAAAACUGAACAGUAAUAAGACAGAACUCAUGGUUGUGGCCCCCAAGGCUCUGCUCCAGAAGGUUGGAGAUCUCCUCCUCAACAUCGACUGCGCUCCAUCUCCCCUUCCCCCGAGGUCCACAACCCGGGCAUUGUUCUUGACUCCACCCUCUCCUUCAAAUCCCACAUCAAAUCUGUCACCAAAUCCGCCUUCUUCCACCUUAAAAAUAUUUUAAAUAAUUAUUCAACCAACCUCAUCCAACCCUACACUCCGCUCAGAAGGCUAUAAUCAUCAAACUCAGGUUUGCUCUCCAUCCCCAACACCAAACUCCAAACUUUUGGAGACAGAGCCUUCAGUGUUGCAGCCCCCACCCUCUGGUACUCUCUCUCUGUCAAAAUACGCAACGCUGAAUCUGUUGAAAUCUUCAAAAACGCCUCAAGUACCACCUCUUCACUAAGGCCUUUGGCCUCAGUUCAUGCUCCACCCUGCUGCUAAAUUUGAUCCUGUUUUGUAUUAUUACUUUUUCUUUUCUCUUCUGUCUUGUCCUCACAAACUUAUGUAAAGCGUCCUUGGGUCCUGUAAAGGCGCUAUAUAAAAUCAAGGCAUUAUUAUUAUUAUAAAUCUAAUGUGAGGUAAUGAUUGAUUUGUGAUUGAAUCAAUGACAGACUCUGAAAAGCUGCUUUGUCAAACCAGG